GCAGCACAGCAAGGUACGUUUUUGUAACUUGCAUGGAUAACAUGAUUGGUGAAGAUCUUACGAUGUGCAACGUCCAUGACGCGGCUUUCUUGACACUUGUGAAAGACGCCAUUUUGUUGUUAGCGGUGAAUAGGAGCGUAAAAGAAAGAUCGAGAAACCGCCACUAAAAGAUUAGCCAAGAUGGGGAACAUGUUUGCAGGCCUGUUUAAGAAUCUCUUUGGUAAAAAAGAGAUGCGGAUUCUGAUGGUGGGGCUGGAUGCUGCCGGCAAGACCACCAUCCUGUACAAGCUCAAACUGGGAGAGAUCGUCACCACAAUCCCUACCAUCGGUUUUAACGUUGAGACGGUAGAAUACAAGAACAUCAGCUUCACAGUGUGGGAUGUGGGCGGUCAGGACAAGAUCAGGCCUCUGUGGCGGCACUACUUCCAGAACACCCAAGGUCUGAUCUUUGUGGUGGACAGUAACGAUAGGGAGAGAGUGAACGAGGCACGGGAGGAGCUGACAAGGAUGCUGGCUGAGGAUGAACUGAGAGACGCUGUGCUGCUUGUGUUCGCUAACAAACAGGACCUCCCCAACGCUAUGAACGCAGCGGAGAUCACAGACAAGCUGGGCCUGCACUCCCUGCGCCAGCGUAAUUGGUACAUCCAGGCCACCUGCGCUACCAGCGGGGACGGGCUCUACGAGGGCCUCGACUGGCUCUCCAACCAGCUAAAGAACGCAAAAUGAUCCACCAUUCCGCCGUCUGUCUGCGUCUUUGUCUGCGCAGUGUGUUAUGGGCGACAGCGCUGGUCCCAGCCCCUCUCUCCUCCCGUUUCUCACUCCAUCCCCUCCAACCAUUGGGGCUUUGACCAGUGAUACCCCACAUACGUGUGUGUGUGUGUGUGUGUGUGUGUGUGUGAGAGUGUUUGUGUGGAUCUUAAUGUGUAUGUAUGUGUGGGUGCAUGUGUGUGAGCCGGGAGUGGGAGCAGCUCUGCUGUGCCUUCAACAGUCACUCUCACCCAUGGAAAUGACAGCAUGGCUAACUCUAGCGCCCCCCCCAUCCCUCCCCUCCCGACCCACCCUCAGUGGCUCCUAAGACACCCUGGUUUUCACAAGGCAAAGAAAGACCCAGGAUGCUAAGUCUUAUGUGUAAUCUGAAAAAUGAAUGAAGUUUAUAGAUUAAAAAAACUAUUUUGAUUUUACAUCCACUAAUGUUGCGAUCUGUCAGACACUCUUGUUAAACUGUUGGUUUGAGACCCCACACCAUGAAAUAAAUCUCAAUGUAACCUGUAUCAGGUUGGAAAAAAGACAAAUAAAAAUAGCUUUUCCAUCCUA